CCCUGGCUCCCGCACUUUCUGUUCCGCUUGCAGCCGUUUCUGUCGUGUAGCCGCGGUGAAAAAGCCCCCUGAACAAUGGGUGAGAUGUUCUCCCAGCUGGGCUCUCAGGAGGAUGAAAACAGGUCGAUCCUACCCCCUGACUCAGCCGGCCAUGGUAGCAGCAAGUUUUUUUCUGCACCUUGUGAAAGGGCUGCUGGUGUCAGCUUCGUGACUUGUCCCACCUGCCAGGGCAAGAAGGAGAUCCCUCGAGAACUAGAGAAGCAGCUGGUGGCCCUCAUCCCCUAUGGGGACCAGAGGCUGAAGCCCAGGCACACGGAGCUCUCCGUGUGCCUGGCAGUGCUCGUCUGCCUGGUGACCUCCUCCCUCACCAUCUUUUUCCUGUUUCCCCGGUCCAUCGACACGCAGCCUGCAGGCCUCAAUUCCUCCUCCACUGUGGCCUUGGACGAGGCUGUCUACAUCAACAUAACGAGUAUCUUGAACAUCUCCAAUAGCAACUACUACCCCAUCACUGUGACCCAGCUAACCAUUGAGGUUCUGCACCUGUCCGUCGUGGUGGGGCAGGUCUCCAACAGCCUCCUCCUCCACAUCGGCCCUUUGGCCAGUACACAGAUGUUUUAUGCCGUAGCCAACAAGAUCUGGGAUGAAAACACAUACAAAAUCUGUAGCUGGCUGAAAAUCAAAGUCCACCAUGUGCUUUUGCACAUCCAGGGCACCUUGACCUACAUCUGCCUGAGCCAUUCAGAGCAGAAAGUCUUCCAGAGCUAUGAGUAUGUGGACUGCCGGGAAAACGCAUCAGGGCCCCACGUGCUGGUCCCUCACCUGCCGUGACCUGUCUGCUGCCCCCAAACUCUAGGCACCUGCCCGCCUGGUCUGUAUCUCUCACAGCUCCGUGGUGCCCAAGGAUGGACUAUGGUGACUUGGCCGAAGGAAAGGCACUGCUUUAUCAUACACC